UUUAAAUAAAAUUAAUUCGCGAUCUACUUGCAGCGGACUUUAACGUACCACUUUUUGAGUUUGUAAACCGUCCAAAUACACCCGAGAUUGUUUUCGAUAAAAAUGGCCGAGAAGUUCCGAAUGAGUGUCCGCUAUAAUGUGAUGCCCAAGUCAAAGGAAUUUGUGUCAUCUUCGGAUGAGUCCAGCUCAGACAUAGAGGAGCCUAAAAAGAAAAAAGCAAAGCAGGAAAAGAAAGAAAAAGAACCAAAGAAAAAGGCAGAAGAACCACCCAAAAAGAAGGCAGCAUCUGCUGCCAAAGGUCCAAAUGGAGACUAUAGUUUUCAGAUAGCAAACAAGCGAUUUGUGACAGUGAGUGAAUUCAGAGGAAAGGUGAUGGUUGGAAUUAGGGAAUUUUAUGAUGCUGAUGGCGAGUUAAGACCUGGAAAGAAAGGGAUAAGCCUGCCUCUUGAUCAGUGGCGGCAGCUGAAGAAUCAGAUGGACGAUAUAGAGCAAGCCAUCAGUGACCUUUCAUAGCCCAAAGAUAGCCAGGACCAUCAUAAGACAUUUAAAAUGCAAAUCAUGCACAUCAUUCUUCAAUUGUUGUAAUUGUGUUUAAUUUCACACAUUCAAACAACAAGCAAAACCCAUGUGUUCCUGGAUAUAAACUGAUAUAUGCAUUUCAUGCUUGGUCAAUGGCAGUUUUUACCUUGUCUGCAAUACAGAAAAAAAUGAUGAAAAAAACAA